CAUCCGGGACACCGGGUCUGAGUUCAUGUGAAUGCCUACACACACACACACACACACAUACAUACACUUCACCGACUGACUGCACGGGCAGCGAGCGACAGAGCGGUGAAAUGGACGAUGGAAAGCCGGUGUGGGCGCCCCACCCUGCAGAUGGGUUCCAGCUGGGAAGAAUCAUCGACAUCAGUGCCGAUAGUCUGACCAUCGAACCUCUCAACCAGAAAGGGAAGACCUUUCAAGCUUCUGUCAAUCAAGUCUUCCCUGCUGAAGAUGACGUCAACAAACAUGUGGAGGACAACUGCUCGUUGAUGUACUUGAAUGAAGCCACGCUUUUAAAUAAUGUCCGUGUGCGCUAUAGUAAAGAUAAGAUUUAUACAUUUGUUGCCAACAUCCUGAUUGCUGUGAAUCCAUAUUGUGAGAUUCCCAAGCUGUAUUCCCCAGAGAGCAUCAAGCAGUACCAGGGCCGAUCGCUGGGCACUCUGCCACCUCACGUCUAUGCAAUUGCGGAUAAAACGUAUCGUGACAUGAAGGUGUUGAAGAUGAGUCAGUCCAUCGUUGUGUCGGGAGAGUCAGGAGCUGGAAAAACCGAAAACACCAAGUUUGUUCUCAGGUACUUAACUACGUCUUACGGUACAGGUCAAGACAUUGAUGAAAGAAUAGUUGAAGCAAACCCUCUGCUCGAGGCAUUUGGAAAUGCCAAAACUGUCCGAAACAACAACAGCAGUCGCUUUGGGAAGUUUGUGGAGAUUCACUUUAAUGAAAAGAACACAGUAGUAGGUGGUUUUGUGUCCCAUUACCUGUUGGAGAAGUCCCGCAUCUGCACGCAGGGUCAGGAGGAGAGGAACUAUCACAUCUUCUACAGGCUGUGCGCUGGAGCUCCUGAAGACAUCAAGGAGAAGUUCCACCUCAGCUCUCCAGACUGUUUCAGGUAUCUAUGUCGAGGAUGCACAAGGUACUUCUCUACCAAGGAUUCGGAGAAGCUGAUUCCUCAAAACCGCAAGAGUCCAGAGGAUGGGCAGCUUCUGAAGGCCGGUCCUCUGAAAGACCCUCUGCUGGACGAUCACGCUGACUUUAAGCGAAUGUGUGUGGCCAUGAAGAAGAUCGGUCUGGACGACACGGAGAAGCUCAACCUGUUCAGGGUGGUGGCUGGGGUUUUGCACCUCGGAAACAUUGAUUUCGAGGAGGCUGGAAGCACCUCAGGGGGAUGUGUCUUAAAGAAGACGUGUGGCCAGUCGUUGCAGUUCUGUGCCGAGCUGUUGGGUCUGGAUGAGGAAGAUCUGCGGGUCAGUCUGACCUCCAGGGUCAUGCUCACCUCUGCAGGGGGCGUCAAAGGCACAGCCAUCAAGGUUCCUCUGAAGGUGGAGCAGGCCACUAGUGCACGCGACGCUCUGGCUAAAGCCAUCUACAGCCGUCUCUUCGAUCACGUGGUCACCAGAAUCAACCAGUGCUUCCCCUUCGACUCGUCCGCUCACUUCAUCGGUGUGCUGGACAUCGCUGGCUUUGAGUAUUUUGAGCACAACAGUUUCGAGCAGUUCUGCAUCAACUACUGUAAUGAGAAGCUGCAGCAGUUCUUUAAUGAGCGCAUUCUCAAAGAGGAGCAGGAACUGUAUCAGAAAGAAGGUCUGGGAGUCAAUGAAGUCCAUUACGUGGAUAAUCAGGACUGUAUAGACUUGGUAGAGUCGAAGUUGGUUGGCAUCUUGGACAUCUUGGAUGAAGAGAACCGGCUACCUCAACCCAGUGACCAGCACUUCACUGAGACCGUCCACAGCAAACACAAGGAGCAUUUCCGCCUGACUGUUCCCAGGAAGUCCAAGCUGGCAGUGCACAGGAACGUCAGAGACGACGAGGGCUUCAUCGUAAGACACUUCGCUGGAGCAGUGUGCUAUGAAACGACUCAGUUUGUGGAGAAGAAUAACGACGCUCUCCACAUGUCGUUGGCGUGUCUGGUGAGCGAGUCGAAGGAUAAGUUCAUCGGCGAGCUCUUCGAGAACUCCAACCACUCCAAAGACACCAAGCAGAAGGCUGGCAAACUGAGCUUCAUCAGUGUAGGCAACAAAUUCAAGACGCAACUGAAUAUUCUUCUGGAAAAGCUGCACAGUACUGGUUCAAGUUUUGUCCGUUGUGUGAAGCCCAAUCUGAAGAUGGUCAGCCGGCAGUUUGAGGGGGCUCAGAUCCUGUCUCAACUACAGUGCUCAGGGAUGGUGUCGGUCCUGGAUCUGAUGCAGGGCGGCUUCCCCUCGCGAGCGCCCUUCCACGAGCUCUACAACAUGUACAAGCAGUACAUGCCCUCCAAACUGACCCGACUCGACCCGCGCCUCUUCUGCAAGGCUCUGUUCAAAGCUCUCGGCCUGAACGAAAACGAUUAUAAAUUUGGUUUGACGAAAGUUUUCUUCAGACCUGGAAAGUUUGCAGAGUUUGAUCAGAUCAUGAAGUCCGAUCCGGAUCAUCUGGCCGAACUGGUGAAGCGUGUGAAUAAAUGGCUGAUCUGCAGCCGCUGGAAGAAGGUGCAGUGGUGCGCCCUGUCCGUCAUUAAACUGAAGAACAAGAUGCUGUACCGAGCCACGGCGUGUAUCCAGAUGCAGAAGACGGUUCGCAUGUGGCUGUGCCGGAGGAAACACAAACCACGGAUCGACGGGCUGGUGAAGGCUCGUAACCUGAAGAAGAGUAUGGAGAAGUUGAAUCAGGUGGUGUCCGGACUCAAGGAGGGGAAACAGGAAAUGAGCAAACACAUGCAGGAACUAGAUUCCUCCAUCAACGCCCACAUUCUCAAGAUAAAGAGCACCGUAAUGGGCCGCGUGGACAUCGAUCACGAGCACCAGGCUCUGGUCACUCGCUCGCAGCAGCUGCUCAGCACCAUGCAGAAGAAGAAGCAGGAGGAGGAGGAGAUGGAGCGCCUGAGACGCAUCCAAGAGGAGAUGGAGAGAGAGAGGAAGAGGCGUGAAGAAGAGGAAGAGAAGCGCAAACAAGAGGAAGACGAUCGACGCCUGAAAGCGGAGAUGGAGCAGAAGAGAAAACAGGAAGAGGAGGAGCGUAAGAAAAGAGAGGAGGAGGAGAGGAGACUGCAGGAGGAGAUGGACCUGCAGCUGGAGGCCGAGAGGGAGCAGGAGACGUCCCGACAGGCGGUGCUGGAGCAAGAGCGGCGGGACAGAGAGCUGGCCCUGCGGAUCGCUCAGAGCGAGGCCGAGCUCAUCCCAGAGGAGACGCCUGUGGAAGCCGCAUCGCGCAGUGUUGCACCACCACAAAAGCUCAAGAGCUUGACCAUGGAGGAAAUGGCCAAGGAAAUGUCUGAUCUUCUGGCUCGAAGUCCACAGGUGACCGCUACAAAUGCCCAAGUUGAUGUCAAGAAAUAUGAGCUCAGCAAGUGGAAAUAUGCUGAAUUACGGGAUGCCAUCAAUACAUCCUGUGAUAUCGAGUUGUUGGCUGCGUGUCGUGAGGAGUUUCACCGCAGACUGAAGGUGUAUCACGCGUGGAAGUCAAAGAACAAGAAACGCAACACUCAGGACGAGCAGAGGGCGCCGAAAGCCAUCACAGACUACGGUAAGGACGAUAUGGAGAUGUGUGAGUUGAGUCUGGAGGAGACCGGUUUGACACGGAAGCGAGGCGCUGAGAUUCUGCCCCGCCAGUUUGAGGAAAUCUGGGAGCGCUGCGGAGGCGUCCAGUACCUCAGAAGCGCCAUCGAGAGCAGGCAGGCCCGACCCACAUACGCCACUGCCAUGCUGCAGAGCAUGCUCAAAUAAACACACACACACACACACUUUAGUUUCAUGAGGGAAGGCUGCCAGCUCUUACAUAACCAGCACUGACUUUCACUUAAUACUUUUUUUAUUCUUAUUCUGUUUUUUUUUUUUUUUGUUCUCUUUAAGAGCUUCUUUUUAGUUGCCGUUUCAUUUUUUUUAUUUGAGUUUCUGGUGCGUUGAAUCAUCUCAUUGAUCUUUAAUUACUGUUCUUCACAGUGUAAUUGCCUCUAAUCUGCCUCUUAUUAUAAUUUACUCAAUGUAAUAUUUUGGUAUGAGAUGUGAUCAGUAAUCCAUAAAUACAUCCUCCUGUAGAGAAGUUCAACAAGUGUGUCUUUUCCUAACGUUUAAAUCAGUCUCGCAUUGAAGGAAAGCUCCUCUCUGACUUGCAGAUGUAAAUACUGAUAUUGUUCAGCACUUUACUCUAUUUUGAGUUUUGUUUUUCACUGUGAGUUUAACUGCUCGCGAAAAGUAUUUACGAAAGCUACAGUAAAUACAAUAACUCUGGUAAGUAAUGACGACUAAAUUAUGACUUUUGAAUGGAAAAUGUUUAAUAAAAGAAUAAUGAUUUUAAUAAUAU